AUGACAUUUGCUGAAGAGAAUUUAGUUGGACAAAAACCUGUUGGCCUUUUCAUUAAUGAUCAAGACACUGUCUACCAUGCUAAUCGUGAAAAUGGCCAGAUUUUAGUAUGGACCAAUGAAUCGUCGACUCCAACAACAAUUAUUCCGACGAAUUCAACUAAUAUAUGGAGUCUUUUCGUCACAAAUGAUGGUGAUAUUUAUUCUGACAAUGGUAAUGACAAUGAUCACAUCAAUAAAUGGACAUUGAACGCAACGCAAAGUGAGAUUGUGAUGAAUGUACACGGCUGGUGUACAGGACUCUUCGUUGACAAAAAUUACCAUUUGUAUUGUGCUUCGAUGACAAAUCAUCGUGUUCUUAAAAUGGCACUCAACAACGGGCAAACCGCACCGGUGGUAGUCGCUGGUACAGGAUGUCCUGGUCCUGUGCCUAAUAUGCUUGAUCAUCCGCACGGAAUUUUCGUCAAUGAUCAAUUUAAUCUAUACGUAGCUGAUACUGAUAAUAACAGAAUUCAACUUUUUACACCUGGUCAAAAAAAUGCAAAAACAAUAGCCGGUUUCGGAGCAAAGGUUUAUAUCAUACUCAAUAGACCAACAGAUAUUGCGCUCGAUACCGAUGGUUAUCUAUAUAUUGUGGAAAGUCAAAACCAUCGAAUCAUCCGAUCUGUUCCAAAUGGAUUCACAUGUUUGGUUGGAUGUUCUGGUAAUAGCGGAGCAACAUCCAGCCAAUUGGAUUAUCCACAGACGAUGGCUUUCGACACAAUUGGAAACAUAUUCGUGAGUGAUUUCAACAAUCACCGAAUUCAAAAAUUCCAGUUAAUUGGAAAUACAUGUGGUAUGUCUAUUUCUGUUGUAACUGAGUAGUUAGGAAAUUGUUACAUUGAUUAUUGUUACCAUAGUUAUCGAUAAGAAAAUUCAUAAAAAGUAGCAAAUGCGCUUUAAUUAAAAUAGAAUUUAGAAAUUAAAACCAAGGUCACUUUUUCAUGAGACACGACUGAGAAUAUUGCUUGCGAAAUCGAUAAAGCAAUAUAUGUUUUUUUUAAAUUUCUAUUUGAUUGUUCUCAUAAGUAAUUACUAGUAUGUGACACAAAUGAUAAAGCAAAUCAGUACGCAUAGGUGAAGAACAAUGUCAGUUCAGGACUUUCAAUCUUCAUCCAGGAAAGUGAUGACUUUUUUCUAAAGUCUACGUUAGUUACGGCCCUUAUUAACAAUGUAGUAAUAUAGAAUGUGAGCAGGAAAUUCAAAUUAACAAUUGUUUUGUAAUUAUUAAAAGGAAUAAAGUCAUGUUUAUAAAAAACUGCGUCAGUUUCAUCCCAAUCGAUUGAAUCCAAGAUCGAAUCCUAUCGGAUCUAGUCAGAUUCGAUAGUUGAAUCAUAAUGUAUUUCCUAUAUAAUCCCAGGUGGAAAAAUCAGACAUAAGAUCUUGUAACACCAGAUAAAAUUGUAUAAAAAAUCGUUAUCUCUGAAAUCUUAUGCUAAGUCGUAUUAUAAGAUUCUUGAAAGAUCUUGCUGCAUUAUUAGACAUUACUAUAAGACAAGUAAUGCUCGUCGUUGCCAAUCCGUGGACUGUCGAAUGAAUGUUCAGCUCUUUCUGUAGAACAUAAUACUUUACAAGCACAACCGAUAUUAAUAUCAGAUAUAUCCAGCAGAGUUGGUGUGCAUGUCACUGUCACUGUUCGUGAGGAUGUCGCUGUUUGACGUGGGGUGAUUCUCUUCAGCGAUUCAACUAAUCAUAUUCAUACUCGCAAACUCACCACCGUACUCACACACUACACAAACAUAUCCAACAAGAUCACAUUUGCGCCACACCACAACACUCCCAUAUCCUAGAGACAUCAGAUUGGAUGAGAGCUAGCUAUCGAAAACACCUGAUUAGCUGAAAGUGCAGCAUAAUGUAGUCAUUUGAAAUAGUUAGUCGAAUGUAUCAGUAAUAUAUACAGACACAUGACUAUUAUCGGAAUUUUAAAAGAAGGCCAUUGGGCAAAAUGCUUAUAACUUUUGAACGAAGAUAGCUAGAGCCCUCCGGUUUUCACCAUUCGAAAGAGGAGACAAGGAGACGCCUUUUUCUCCAAUAUUCUACAGAACGAAAUCAUAUAAAAAUCAGUCAUUUCUACAAAACAUCGAAAAAAUGUAUAAAAAACGUUCCGCCAUUCAGAUGUCAGAACCAAAACUUAAUUGGAAUGACAGAUCGUUUCCAUGCAUUUUUUUCGAUGUUUUGUAGAAAUGACUGGUUUUUAAAUGAUAUUGUCCUAUACAAUAUUGGAGAAAAAGGCGUCCCCUUGUCUCCCCUUUCGAAUGGUGAAAACCGGAGGGCUCUAACUAUCUUCGUUCAAAAGUUAUAAGCAUUUUGCCCAAUGGCCUUCUUUUAAAAUUUCGAUAAUAGAUAAGUGCAUGCAAACAUAUAAAAGUACAAUCGCGUUUUAUUUCAUAUGACUCUCCCUACAGUCAAA